AUGUUUACUUUAUUGAAGCUUUUGGUGACGAUGCAUCCAAAAAACAUCAAACGGUUUCCAGAUUUCGUGGCAGUAAGCUCACAGCUUCACCUGUCCUGGACACAUAACAGAUGUAUACAGUUAAAGAGCAUACGCAUAUCACAAACGCACACUUGAAAAUAAUAAAAUAGGACAUAAAAAGCUUUUUUGGAAGACAAACAACAACAACAACAAAGGCAUGCCUUGCAGAAAGUACUUUAGGUAUUUGCAUCCGCACGAGUAUCUCGUGACAAUGCAAACUUUUGUCAAAAGAUCUUUGAAUCUGCUUUGCUAAUGAACAUACUUGUAUACCCAUAAAUACUUGAGGCCUCAUCAUUCAUGGUUUAUACUUUUGAGUGACAACAACAACAACAUUAUCCAGAGGAUAAUGCUCUUGGCCCACAGACUGUCUUCAUGCAAAUUUCUCUAUUGCACUAGAUACCUACACAUGUAUAUGUACAGUGCAUGCAGCUCAAAACAAGUGUCCAAAAAAUGUGUGUGUGCAAUUUGUACCUCUGCAUCUGACACAUCUGAUUAGUAUACAUGUAUGGGCCAGCUUUAUACCUCUUUCACAAUGGUGCCCUAUUAAUAUAUAUUUUUUUUAUACGUGUGAUAAAUUCAGGCUUUCUGACCUCAUUUGAAAGUAAGAAUUGUUUUGUAUUUUGCACAUGUUAACAAGGUCAGAAAUGGUUAUUACAAUCCUAUAAAAGGAUACAUAUUUGAUAGGCCACCAGAUUGUAAAAUACGUCUAUUGUCUACAUAUUGCUCUUAUUUUGUGAAAGUUUUGAACCCAGGAGUGAUUUCAUAAGUAGGCUGAGUAUGUUUGUCUGGGUCGAACGUAGUCCUGAAUGUUGACAGUGACUGAUGUUUCAACAACCUGUGCAGUAUUCAUCUUCUGAGUGACUCUGAAGAUGAAUACAGAUUGUCGAAAUGCCAUUGACUGUCAAUAAUAACAGUCCUAUUCUGGAUUACGCUCACCUGGACACUCAUGCAUAACCUUCUUUUGUUUUUAUUUUGCUGUUAGUUUUUAUGGACUUUAUUGUAAGUCAUUGCAUCUUAAACAGUGGGCAUCAACUGAGGAACUGUAUACAAGUAAACAUACAUUUAUCUUAACAGUGUAACUCAAACAUUUGAACAAGCAUCCACAUCAUUGGCACUAAACGAAUCUUUGGCUAAAUGUUUUCCAUCCAUUAUUAGUUUGAGCAUCUUGAGGAAGGAUGAACAUGUACAUAUACCAGCAUGCAAAGAAAGACGUGUCUGAUAGUCUGGGGCUAGUGGAUUUUGCAAUUGAGCUAGUGAAUUGUGUUCUUAACUUGCCAGCGAAGUGAAGUUUUUUGGGAAAUUCAAAUUACAGAAGAACUGUAAUCAAUGCUGCUCAUUACAUUUUUUUGAGGGCUACUUAAAAGACUCUUGGGCUAGUACAUACUAGCAACAACUUGCAUGCCUGAGUGGCUGCUUGAAGCCGUAAAACCGACUUUCUUUGCAUCCUGAUAUACAGAAAGUAAACCAAUUGCUCCACCUAGACCGAUUACAAGAAAUGUUGAUGACAUAAAUUUAUAAAGCACAAGUGUCAGUCAUUUGGCUACAGUGAAGUUAGCUAAGAACUGUGGCCAUGCCAUUUCGACUUAUACAUGGAAACAUUCACAGAAACUAUUUCCCAAAGAGUGGAAUACAGCCAGUGAUGUUUAAUUGUCAUGACGUUUGUAAACUUUCCAUCAUGGAUACCCAACAUUUUGUGUCUUUGACAAAACAUGAAUUAUAUUUAUUUAAACAAUAAUCGCUGACAGUACAAUCUAACUUGACUGUGCAUGUAAAUUAUUUUAUUUACACUGGCAAGUUACUUCAUGUCAGAGUCAACAUAGAAUGUUUUUUUUGAAUAUUACUAAGGAUGUAGACCUCAUUUCAAAAUAAAGACUGUCUCUGCUAGUGUGGUUUUUUUGUAUCUGUCAGGCCAAAUCACAUGAAAUAUAUCACCAUAUUUUGUACAUUUUCUGCUCCUAGUAAAAUCAAGAUUGACUUGUAUAAUAUUGAUGAUAACUCUAAAAGGAUAAAAGUGCAGGCUAGCAACUCCAAAAAUGAAAUUUCUUUGCAACUUACUGUUUUAUUUAUAAUUUUUAUUUAUUUUGAUUGCUUGACUGACUAGCAAUAGAAAAAAGUGUUAAACAAUUUAUCUACAUUUUUUUUGUAAUUUAUAUGAACACUUUUAUAGUAAUUUACUAAUAUUUCAUUCUUAGGUUUUACAGUAUCCUUCUUAUAAUAAUAUUAAUUUACUGUGGUUUAAUCAUACUCUACAAGUAUCUAAUUCUCUUUUGUUGUUUAUUGUUGCUGAUAUUCAAAAAUAGUAAGAUUUCUGCUACAAAUAAUUUGAGAGCAAUUUUCUACGAAAGACCUCAUUAUAGUACCGUAUGUUCCUAGUGAGAUUCUCAAAACAGAAAGAUUAAAGGGGCUAUCCCUUGUAAAAAUUUAUUAGCGAUCGCGGCGCGAUCGCUGUCAAAAUCGCGUAGCGUUUUUGGCCGGAUUUCGCGGCGCGAUCGCUGCGUUAUUCGCGGAGCGAUGGGAGCGAUCGCGACGCGAUCGCUGUCAUCAAUCGCUUAGCGUUUUUGGCCGGAUUUCGCGGCGCGAUGAGAGCGAUCGCUCAGCGAUCGCUGUCGUCGAUCGCUUAGCGUUUUUGGCCGGAUUUCGCUGCGCGAUGAGAGCGAUCGCUGAGCGAUCGCUGUCAUCAAUCGCUUAGCGUUUUUGGCCGGAUUUCGCGGCGCGAUGAGAGCGAUCGCUGAGCGAUCGCUGUCAUCAAUCGCUUAGCGUUUUUGGCCGGAUUUCGCGGCGCGAUGAGAGCGAUCGCGCCGCGAUCGCUGUCAUUAAUCGCUUAGCGUUUUUGGCCGAAUUUCGCGGCGAGAUGGCAGUGAUCGCUCAGCGAUGGCUGUUCUCGAUCGCUUAGCGUUUUUGACCGAAGUUCGCAGCGCGAUUGGAGCGAUCGCGCCGCGAUCGCUGUCAUUGAUCGCAGAUGGUUUUCGGCCGAAUUUCUCGUUGCGAUCACGGUCCGAACGAAAAAGACAUAAAUGAGUAUUUCUUAUCUCAGAAGAAGAGCAGUGAGCUGAAAUUUGUCCUGAAAGUUGCAGUAACAUUUUACUAACUUGUGACAAACGGAGAGCUUCUGAGCUUUGCCGAAAAUCGUGCAUCAUAGAAAAUGACCGCUCCGUUUGAAAGCCCCUGGUCCGGCCAGUGGUUCCGGCCACUUUGGCUACUUUAAUUGGAAGCCGACAUCAAAAGUGCGUAAAAAGAAACCUUCCGAGCACCAUCUGAUCUAGAUUCCUGUAUAAUUUUUAUAGGCUGCUCACUUAAAAUUCGAAACCAAACUGAGAUUUCUGUGUAAAGAGCUAACGUUUGGUCUCUCGAAUAAACUAAACCGUGAAAAGGUCAAUUCGCCACCAUUUUAAAUGAAUUCAAUCAAAGUUUAGAGGGAAAAAAUAUUUGUCGUCGCUUGUUUACGUCCUCAAGAAACACCUCCCAUCACCAAAAUGUUGUCUAAGUCAUGCCGCGACCGAAAAGCGUGCGUCAUAAUGCACGUGCAGGACGUGCAGAGUAAUGUUUUCCUUGUUAGGCCCACUGCUUGCCAAGUUUUUUGACUUUGCUUAAUGCUACAGCUCCCAAAUGAAAUAUAAGUUUCAUUUUAUGGCCUUCUAUAUCACUGCUUAAUAAAUAAAGUGCAGUGUUACUGGGAAAUUUUCAAACAGGCUUUCCCUUUUCAAUCACUAUUUGGCUAGUUUGGCCGGACCAAGGACGUAGUACGCAAAAUUUAUUUUGGAAUAUUAUCUAAACUUUGGUUUUAAAAUUCAACCAGUCGACCGAAUUUUUUUUUUUGCAAAUCGAAAGAACAUUUCUUGUACGCCGUGUACACCAAAAAUUAGCUUUCUUAACACUUAAUUGCAUACCUGAACUAAAAAUGCAUCCAAGUAAUUUAAGGCGCCAUAAAAAAGCAAAAAUAACAGAACAAAAUUCACCUACGACAAUCGAGCUUCAGAAGGCAAACAGAUCAAUAAAAAAUCGGAAAGUUUCGUUUGUAGUUUAACCUUAUUUUCUUCCCGAAAAUUACGUACAUCACAAAUUAAAACGGGCCGGAACUUAUCCGAACUUAUCCGAACUUAUCUAGGAAAGAUCGAAGCUACUCAGUCUGCAAGCAGGGUAGUAUAAAUCAUGUCAAGAUAAAGCUAAAUUUUCAACUUAAACGGAUCUAAAUAGGGAAUGAAUUUUCAAAAGAAAGGUCUUAUGUGAGAGUUCAGUGAAUCGUGUUUUUUAUUUUUAGCUAAGUGUGAGCAGAGUAAAACGUUUUAUAUCCUGAAGUAUUGAGAUAAUGAAACCGCCUAUAUGCAUUGAUUUCUUUUCUUUUGAUCCACUUGUCCAUGUCUUCAGAUAGGUUCAUCCUAUUAGGGAUAAAAUUAUUUUUUCUUUUUUCCUCACGCUAAUGAUAUGUUUCAUGUUCAUUUACCGUGCUUAAAUAUUCUCACUGAAAUUCUCCAUACUUCUUUAUUAAGCCAAUUUAAUGUGACGUCCCACAUGUUUUGUCUUCAGCCUAAACGUUAACUUUGAAAUUUACAUAAUGUACAAACUGAAUACUCACAACUGUUGUCUUUGCCAGAUUAAUUGUUGCUGCAGAAUAUUCAAGAGGCCAUCAUGGCUCUUGGUAUAUUUCCAUGUUUAUGCCCCACAGUACGUCCAGAGCGGUUUUCCUGUUGAGAAAUUAAAACCAGUUAACCAAGAGAGUUAUUCCCGAAAUCAGAGUAUUGAUAUAUUCAAAUCAAGACAAAUAACUGAGUUGUCCAGCUCAAGUAGCUUAAGACUUACACCCCUCGAAGGAUAUAAAAAAAAUAAGCUAAAAAACGAAGGCUCCAAAAUCAGAAGUUUUGCUUUCUCGAACUAUUAAAAGGUAGCUCGAAUUUUUCUAGCUUUUGUUUGUUUGAGAAGCCUAAUAAAAAGGCUAACCUUAAUUGUGUUAUAAACUAUGAAAAGUGCCGGAAAGUAUAAAAUCGACAACACCGAAUGAAUAUCAAGCUUAACCUUUUAAAAAUUAGGUUUAAAAUUAAACUUAGUGAUAAUAAGAAGUGAGUAGACUUACCUUUUUAAGUAUGUUUCUUUGUUUGAACUUUCAACAUGUCAAAAGAAUCAUGAAGAAAAAUUUUCCAAUGUUUAAACAGCAAUAAACGGCCAUUGCCAAUUGCAUGACAACUGAAAUUGAGAGCAAUUUUCUUUUUCAAGGUACGCGUCAGCCUUGAAUCUUGGCCACCCGCGUCGCAGUGGCGGGAAAUCGGAUCUUGGAAUCCAGUCCCCAAGGGCGCGAUCCAUUCAACCAAAAUUUCCGGAAUAUUUCGGUCCAAAACUCAAUGGAUCGGUUCGGUCCAACCGGAAAAAUUUCGAAAAAACGGGUCCACCUUUUUAGGUGGACCAAUUUUCCCGGUCGGACCGGUUGGAAUUUUGGUUGAAUGGAUCGCACCCCAAUACUCUGCAUUAAACCGUCACGUACAUGCAGGAUUCAUUUCUGUUAUUAAGGACCAUUAAGUAAAAAUCAUGUUCAUUACAUCCUUAUAUACAGCAGCUUAAGGCCUGGAGCGUAACAGAAAUUCAUCCUUGGGCUUAAAAUGACUCAAUUAGAGGUGAGCGAGAGAAGGUUUUCUAGCUUUUUGCUAAUGUAACUCUGGUCAAAAACACAAGCAAAACCGUGCCUUCUCUAGAAACCGAUAAAGUUCUAACAAACUGAAAAUGACUGUUAUUAUAAGCUUAUAGUUUUUCCGAAUGUUCGACCUCCCGAUAUUGAUAUAUUUCUGUAGUCUUUUAGUUACUUAACUUUCCAGUGUUUUAUUAUAAUAUUAUUACUAUUUUGCCUGCCUUAAUAAUUUUCACAAUCGCAAGUUUUGAAGAACAACAUAAUGGAAUAUAAAAAUAAAAUAAUAUGCCCGGCAGCCGGGAAGGGUCUAAGCUGCACGGCAGUCAGAAUGUUUUUUUGAUUUUCUUCAAAAUCUUUUUUUCUAAAUAUAAUAGUUUGAAAGUAUUAUAUCUUCGUUUAGAAUUACCAAGGGAUUAGGAAAACAGGAAUGGCUUAGCAGUAGAGUGUUUGUGGUUUCUUGGGCAUAGAGCCUGAGAGUCGACGCCGUUUCGACACUUAGAAACAUUCGAGACUCACGAGUACGUUUUCGCACAGGCUAAAUGUCCGGCAGUUUGAAAGCCAUCUGGAAAGUUAGAAAGCCUGUUAGUAAGCCAAAGCAUGCAUACUAGCCUCGAUUAGUUUUCCAAAGCAAUAACGAAAAUAUUAAGUGCUUUCAUUAUGAAACCUUAGAGUCAAUGUACUGUGUGAAUCAACUAACGUGUGGAAAAAAAGGGUGCAAAGGCAAACGCAGUGCGAAUUACGGCCCAUAACAAACGGGAAAGGCGGUCCCGGAUAACACCAAAUUAAAUAUAGCCAGUUAUAAAAAAAACAACUAACGUGUCACGAACGAUAAGGAAUAACAAGACGAGCUAGUAACCAGACUAAAAGGGGCGUAAAAGACGUGAGAGCUCAAACAGAAUAAUAACCAUACGACUAACUUAUAACAGAAAUCGCGACGAUAACUGUGAUCCUCGGUUAUCUCCUUCGCGAUGUAAAUGGCACUGAGAUUGCAGACGCGAACUUAAUUAGAAUUGAUCGUGAUCACCACCUGGCGAUCGCGAUUACUGCACCACGAUCGAGAGCAAUAUGGCACUCGACGAUCGCCGAUUACAACUUAACUAAAUCGCACCGCGAUCGCAAUCACCGCUUCGCAGUAAGUACAAUGCCCCUGCGAUCGCGAUUACCAAACCGGGAUCGUAGUCCUGACAUAUAAAUCACGGAUUUGACUUUACUAAAUCAAGCCGCGAUAAGUACAAUGUCGCUGCCAUCGCGGAUACUAUUUUUCAAAAUUGCACGACCCCAUCAGCUGCUUAGCUAGCGUUUAAUAUCAUCGAGCUAAAAUAAAGACUGUCUGUCUUCGCGAUCGCAAUCAUCUUCCUGCGAUCACGAUCAUUCCGCUGAGAUCGCUCUAUCUUCACCAUCCUGACCCUGAGAUCGCGGAUAAUAUUUUUCUGAAUCGCGCCGCGAUCGUAAUCUUCUUCCUGCGAUCACGAUCAUCGGGCUGAGAUCGUUAUAACUCCGCCGCGAUCGCAAUUUCAUCGCCAGCAUCGCAAUCCUAACCUUGGGAUCGCAGAUACGACUUUUCAAAAUUGCGCCGCGAUCGCGAUCAUCUUCCCGCGAUCACGAUCAUCAGGUUGAGAUCGCUAUAACUUCGCCGCGAUCGCUCUAUCUUCCCCGCGAUCGCGUUCACCACGCCGCGAUAAGUACAAUACCGCUGCGAUCGCGAUUUCAUCGCCAGGAUCGCAAUCCUGACUCUGAGAUCGCGGAUAAUAUUUUUCUGAAUCGCGACGCGAUCGUAAUCUUGUUCCUGCGAUCACGAUCAUCGUUCUGAGAUCGUUAUAACUUCGCCGCGAUCGCGAUUUCAUCGCCAGCAUCGCAAUCCUGACCUUGGGAUCGCAGAUACGAUUUUUCAAAAUUGCGCCGCGAUCGCGAUCAUCUUCCCGCAAUCACGAUCAUCGCGUUGAGAUCGCUAUAACUUCGCCGCGAUCGCGAUCACCACGCCGCGAUCGCGAUCAUCGCGUCGCUAUUGCAAGCGCGAUUUACUUCAAUUGCAUCGCGAUCGCUGAUAUCGCGCCGCGAUCAAAAUCAUCGCGCCGCGAUCAAAAUCAUCGCGCCGCGAUCAAAAUCAUCGCGCCGCGAUCGCGUUCACCGCGUCGCGAUCGCGAUCAUCGCAUCGCGAUCACGAUCACCGCGCCGCGAUCGCUAUAACCUCGCCCCGAUCGCGAUCACCACGUCGCUAUCGCGGGCGCGAUUAAUCUAAAUCGCACCGCGAUAUGCACAAUCGCGCCGCGAUAUGCACAAUCGCGCCGCGAUCGCUGCCAUCGCUCCGCGAUCGCGGUCAUCGCGGCGCGAUCGCUAAUAAAUUUUUACAAGGGAUGCCACACUAUUUUUUAGGCAUUGAAACCAUUUGCUAUAGACCUUUGUCACACAAUGGCCAUUUUGUCCCAGGAGAUUUAAAAAGCUUUGUUUUUGCACUGUUAGCCUGGCAGUAAGAAGGAGGCUACCUGCGCAAAUACAAAGCUUUUUUGAUCUCUUGGGACAAAAUGGCUGCCACAUGACAAAGGUCUAUUGUUUGUAGCUAUGAAUGGCAAGGGUGGACGUUGAUUAAAACUUGAAAAAACUUUGCCACCCUUUUCAACUUUUAAAGCUUUGUGCUUGCAAAAAUUACAAUCAUAAAAAUUGUUACAGUUAGUGCUCCAUGGUGAAAAUUUUUUUGGUUAUCUUCGUUAAAACUCUAAACAGGUACAAGUAUAUGUUUUUAUACGGGUUAAGAGACUAAGUUCUGAUGUAUAUGUAAGCUAUCCAUGAACAUGCUAUGGUACAACUAGGCAGCAUAAUAUUAUUGCAAAAAGAAGGUGGUGUCCAAUAGCUCUGGACUGGUAAAUUUUGCUAUUGCUCUAGUGGAUUUCAUUCUUAACUUGCCCACUGUACAGGACAGUGACAUUUUUUGAGGGAUUAAAAUUACAGUCUAAGAACUGUGUAAUCAUUGCAGUUACCUCAUCAAAAAGUAUUUGGGGCUAGUUGAAAUGACCUUUGGGCUAAUGCAUGCUACUAGCUCAUACAGCUUGCCCAAAUGACAAGCUGUAUAACUGACUUUCUUUGCACCCUGCUGAUGUUGAUUUCCAUCAGACUUCUAGUGCCCUAUUAUUUCAUAAAUACUGUUGUAACUCGCAUUCAUCUAGGAUGCAGAUGUACCAAGGGGGGAGGGAGCUGCGAUCCAAGUUUACAGAAGUUAAAGAGGAAGGAUUUCAUUCACACCUCCUGGAUGUGAGCUACAGUGAUGUGAGGACAGUCCCCCUAUUCUCCCCAAAUCAGUGAUCCUAUACCCCCCACCCCCUCCCAACCCCUAGUCCCAGGGUAGAACUGAUACUCAUCCCUAGGUUGCACUGAGACCAUGGGGCAAAUUAAAAGAAAAAAAAGAAAGAAAGAAAGAGAGUGAUUAUCUAAUGUGUUUAUGUAAAGUAUAAAAGUACAGAGGAAGUGGUAAAUUGACUGGGUUGAUUAAGCUGUUGCUGCCAAUCCCACUUGCUGCCUCAUUUAUAUACCCUGUAUGCCUCCAUAUAGCCUUAAAAAUGCCCGUUUCACUACUCUAUUUCAGACAAGAGACUCUCCAACCCAUAUUUAGGCUAUUGAAUCCGCCCUCCCACACAGAUGUACAUGUACACUGAUUGAAAUCUCCCACAUUUUACAGCCUGUUCAGGGCAACACCCUGUUUGAGAGGCUAAUAGCAAAAUUGUGUACUCAGUUUUAUUAAGACUCUCAACCCCCCAAACCCAUACCAUGUUAACCAUUAAGGCCAAAUAAGGGAGUGCUUUCCCCUGGGAUGCAAAGACAGUAUAACUCUUCAGUACUUCUUGUUUUUGCCUUAGGUGUCCUUGUCGCUGCUGGAGAUGUCAUCACCCAGCAAUUUGCUGAGCAAAGAGGCACAAAUCAUGACUUCAGAAGAACAGCUCGUAUGGGAGUGGUUGGACUAGUUAUUGGCCCUGUGCUAAGAUCAUGGUACCUUACACUGGAGAGGAUUGUCCCUGGGACUGCCAAAACUGCCGGCUUUAAAAAGAUGCUGCUGGAUCAGAGUCUCUUUGCUCCUGUUAUGAUAUGCUUCUUUUUCAGUGUGUCCGAGACACUUGCUGGAAAACGACCACAUGAAAUCAAAGAGAUGCUCCAGGAACGCUAUGUACAGACACUGAUCACAAAUUAUAAGAUCUGGCCCCUUGCACAGACUCUCAAUUUUACGUUUGUUCCUAUUCAGCACCGCGUUGGCUUUGUCCAAAUUGUAGCAAUAUUUUGGAAUGCAUACCUGUCAUGGAUGGCUAACAAGCCGUCACCUGAUACUGCAGCCUUAACUGUUAAGGGUUCUUUGGAGCUGGUUCAGUGA